AUGAUGCUCCUCGAUUUUGUGUAUGGGUCCAAUUCUACUUCUGCUGGUCUUUCUAGACCCGUCCGAGGCGGUUCUCCAUCUGAGGUGCCAGACUCACAGAGUUGCGCUAAUCGACGCCAUUUGUCAAUCGAGGAGCUUGUCCAACAACCUGGCCGUCGCCAUUGCACUCCACUUGAUCCGUUCCUACUAGACCACAUUUGUCAACUUGACAAAGUGUACGAGAAGCCCUCUGAUAUCCAUAUGAGCGAGAUUGAUAUAUGGUUUCGCACUUUUGCGCAACACUUCACAUGGGAGCCAGAGUUGACCGGCGAGUUUCGAAAAGGUUUCGAAACUCAGGUUCGACCUUCAUACAAGCAUCAUAAAUCUUCGUGGAAGAAGAAGUGGGACACGAAUCAGCUAAAGAAGUCAACAAACUUGUCACCGGACGUUUGGAAUGGCCUUGGACAGUUCUGGUCGAAGUCUACGACAAAAGUGCAAUCAAAGAAAAACUCAAAGAACCGGUUGAGCCAACGAAGUGGGAAAGGAUACUCUACACAGAACGGUGGGCUGAAGUCGAUUGAAGAGAGCAAGCUAUGGUAA